AUGGCUUCCCCAAAUCAAAACAAAACCCUAGACGCGCCUCACAACAACAGAGGAGAAUUCCACCAGUACCAGGUGGUCGGAAGAGCUUUGCCGACGGAGGCGGACGAGCACCCCAAGAUCUACCGGAUGAAGCUAUGGGCGACCAAUGAGGUCCGAGCCAAGUCAAAAUUCUGGUAUUUUCUGAGGAAGCUUAAGAAGGUGAAGAAGAGCAACGGUCAGGUUCUUGCUAUUAAUGAGAUAUUCGAGAAGAACCCGACCACCAUCAAGAACUAUGGGAUUUGGUUAAGGUACCAGAGUAGAACCGGCUAUCACAACAUGUACAAGGAGUAUCGUGACACGACUCUCAAUGGUGGAGUCGAGCAAAUGUACACCGAAAUGGCCUCUCGUCAUAGGGUUCGUCACCACUGCAUCCAAAUCAUCAAAACGGCUACUAUUCCAGCCAAGCUCUGCAAGCGGGAAAGCACCAAGCAAUUUCACGACUCGAAAAUCAAGUUCCCAUUGGUGUUUAGAAAGGUAAGGCCCCCGACUAGGAAGCUUAAGACCACUUACAAAGCGUCUAGGCCCAACUUGUUUAUGUAAUGCUUUGGUUAUUUUUGUUUGAUAUUUUGGAUCGAUGUGUUUUUGUUGAGUACGUUUGUUUGGAAAUUUUAUGGAUUUUGCUGUACUGAGUAUUUGGGGAUGACUUAGGCUUUUU